AUGGCUUCUACAUCACCAUCUCCAAAUUCUCCUUCUCGCCCCUCCAAUUCUUCAGCUCCUCCUCCACCAAUUCCUCCUGCCCCACUUCAAUCACCCUCACCAGAUUUACAACCGCCGCCGCCGCCUACUUCACCACCCCCAUUGCCCCCGCCAUCUCCCACGGUGAAUUCACCACCGCCAACUCCUUCUGCUACCCCUCCUCCAACAGCCAAUUCGCCACCACCUCCAAUUUUGUCUCCUCCCCCACCAUCUGAAGCUUCCCCACCCAAAGCUUCACCACCACCACCUCCUGCUAAUCCACUCUCUCCUCCCCCACCGUCAGAAGCUUCCCCUCCCAAAGCAUCACCACCUCCUACUCCAGCUAUUCCAUCCUCACCUCCCCCACCAGAAAGAGUUGCAUCACCACCUAUAGCUAAUCCACCACCCCCAUCAGUUGUAAAUCCACCAGAAAGUUCUCCUCCACCUCCUGCAUUGUCACCCCCUCCUGCUGGUUCCCCACCUUUAACUACUGCUCCUCCCCCGGCUUCCAUUUCAUCUCCUCCUCCUGUCCCAUCAUCAUCUUUGCCACCUUCUAUAUCUCCUCCUGCUCCCACGAGGAAUGGAUCUUCAGAUGGAAAUGCCCCAUCUUCACCAUUCCCUUCCUCCCCUGCAGAGAAACCCACUGCAAGAUCAAUUCAACCUAAUCCUAAUAUAACUGCAGAUGUACAAUCAAAUAAUUCAGGGGGUUUUAGAGGAGGAGGUGUAGCAGCUAUUGGCAUUGUUGUGGGGUUUUUGGCACUAAGUCUUGUAGUGCUGGCAGUGUGGUAUACACAUAAAAGAAAGAAAAGGAAGGACACGUUUAAUCAGGAAGCCAUGCCCUCUCCUUUUGCAUCCUCGCAAAAUUCAGCUUCGUCAUUCCUAAGGACACAGCAUUCAGCUCAACUAGCUGGAAGUGCUGCUGCAAGCAAUUCCAUUUACUCACCAGAGCAUGGUGGCAUAGGCAAUUCAAGGUCAUGGUUCACGUAUGAAGAACUAUCCCAGGCAACAAAUGGGUUUUCAGCAAUUUUGGGUGCAGGUGGCUUUGGUUGUGUUUAUAAAGGAGUUCUAUCAGAUGGACGAGAAAUUGCUGUUAAACAGCUAAAGGCUGGUAGUGGACAAGGGGAGCGUGAAUUUAGAGCUGAAGUUGAGAUCAUCAGCCGGAUUCACCAUCGGCAUUUGGUUUCACUUGUGGGUUACUGUAUAUCUGAGCAUCAAAGGUUGCUUGUCUAUGAUUAUGUGCCAAACAACACCCUUGAUUACCAUCUUCAUGGUGAAGGAAGGCUGGUGAUGGAUUGGGCAACCAGAGUUAAAGUUGCGGUUGGUGCAGCUCGUGGAAUAGCUUAUCUUCAUGAAGCCUGUCAUCCCCGUAUUAUCCACAGGGAUAUUAAGUCGUCAAACAUUCUGUUGGAUAACAACUUCGAAGCACAGGUUGCAGAUUUCGGGCUUGCUAAGAUAGCAAAGGAAUUGGAUUUAGAAACUCAUGUAUCAACUCGCGUAAUGGGAACUUUUGGAUACUUGGCUCCGGAGUAUGCAUCAACUGGUAAACUGACUGAAAAGUCUGACAUUUUUUCGUUUGGCGUUGUGCUUUUGGAGAUCAUUACUGGUCGUAAGCCUGUUGACACAUCCCAACCGUUGGGGGAUGAAAGCCUGGUGGAAUGGGCUCGACCAUUGCUCACCCAAGCAAUUGAGACCGAAAGUUUUGAAGAGAUAGUAGAUCCUAGGCUGGAAAAGAACUUUGUUGCCAGUGAAAUGUUCUGCAUGAUUGAAGCCGCAGCUGCUUGUGUGCGUCAUUUAGCUUCAAAACGGCCACGGAUGAGUCAGGUAGUCAGAGCUUUAGAGACUAUGGAGGAGUUAACAGAUUUGAACAACGGAAUAAUACCCGGCCAAAGUGGAAUUUUUAGUUCAAGGGAACAAUCUGCUCAGAUCAGAAUGUUUCAGAGGAUGGCAUUUGGAAGUCAAGAAUAUAGUUCUGAUUUCUUCAAUAAUUCUCAAAGCAGCUGGAGAAGUUAA